UACAAUCAAUAGGCACAGUCUGAUUUCGACCCACCCAGACUACACUUGUCUGAAUGAAAUGUUUCCUCGACUUAUAGACUUUUCUGAUCAGCCUGCGGCAGAUCCUAUUGCUGCAAAGUUGCCGUUUCUAGGAUCAGCAUGGCCAGUCACAUUUCUUCUUAUUUCCUAUCUUCUAAUUAUCUUAAAGUUGGGCAAAAAAUUUAUGGAGCACCGUAAGCCGUAUAAUAUAAAUAAUAUAUUAAUUGUCUACAAUGUGUUCCAAAUGAUUUACAAUGUUAUUUUGUUUUGCAUGAUACUAUACUAUUGUUUAAUAAAACAAACAUAUGAUUUCACUUGCAUGGAAACAUUGUCAUUUGACCAUCCCAAAAAGUAUAUGGAACGUGGGUUAUCAUAUGCAUAUUUUGUCAAUAAGAUUAUCGAUCUCCUGGAUACCAUAUUCUUUGUAUUGCGAAAAAGCUACAAACAGAUUACCGUACUCCAUGUCUACCAUCAUGUCCUGAUGGUCUUUCUCCCAUACUGCGUGGUUCGAUUCUAUGGAGUUGGCGCACAAUUCGUUACGACGGCAUUCCUCAAUACGUUCGUUCAUGCGGUGAUGUAUCUUUACUACAUGGUUACGGCAAUGUAUCCGGACAUGAAGGGGAGCUUGUGGUGGAAGAAAUAUAUUACCGUACUGCAGAUAAUUCAAUUUCUUAUUGGAAUGCUCCAGUCGGCUUACAUAUUAAACUUUAAUCCAGAGUGCGAUUUUCCAAAGAUUUUUCAUGCUAUUAUAAUAACCGGAGGCGCAAUAUUUGUUGCUAUGUUUUCCAAUUUCUACAUCAGAGCUUACAUAUUGCCUCAACGUCGUAAAUUAAAGUGAUUCUAGACUUGAAGUAGUUAUUUUUAAAUUAUUUUCCAUUAAUCGUGCUACAUGAACCUCAUAGUUUCACUUCCACUUUGUUACACUUCAAUCAGAAACUUAACUAAGAUUUAGCUACAAACAUUAGAAAU